AUGGGGGCAGAGGAGUCCAUGGGUGAGUUUCCUGGGUCAGGAGGAGACACGGACCAACAUCAGUAUCAGUGGCCUGGAAAGGAAGAGGAAGGCUGGAAGGCAGGGGGCGCUAGAGGUGAGCCUGGGACAGGAAGCGGGGUGCAGACAUUCGUCCAUCCCCCCAGCAGUAACAGGCGGGUGCCCACGGAUCAUCACCGGCACUCUGUGUUGCCCUUCCAAUGGAGAGUCACACACAGCUCCCGGUGGAUAGAGCAAGUGUUGGCUUCAGAGCUCAGCCUGAUCGCCUUCAUCCUAAUGCUGGUCAUGGUCUUCUCCAAGAAAUGGCUGUACCUCUCUGGGAGCCGCUUCUAUCAGCGCUGGCCCAAGAAUGUCAGCAACAGCAUCUACACGUCAGCCCACAUCAUGUCCAUGGGGCUCCUGUACAUCUGCUAUUCCAGCAGCUGCUCAGACAGUGGGAAAGUCAUCUUCGUUUUCUUCACCCUCGUGUUGUUCCCUAUUAACCUCUGGAUCUUCGAGGUGGAGAGCAAUGUGUCAAUACCCAUCGGCCAGAGCUACAUCAUUGGCUGGCUGGUGUUUAUCCUGUAUGUCACCUGUGCGACCCUUUGCUACGUCAACCAUAAAAGUUUCUGGAGUGUGAUUCUGAGCCGUCCCUCUGGCACCAUGUCCUGCAGCACUACAUCCAGCUCAGAAUCAGACUCUUUAAAUGGGCAGACUGUCUCAGACACUGCUACCAAAGGAGAAAGUCCUGGAUCCUGAGGAAAGAAAUGACACAGCCCUGUAAAUGUUUCUGAACUCCUGGAACCAAGUCCUGUCCUCUCAUCUGAAUCCCUCUCCUCAUCCUUUCCCCCGGCCUUGAACAGGUUGGCCCUCG